CUCCGAGAGUUGUACAUAUCAGGAGCGAAGGUAUCGUUUAAUAACUUGUCGUAGAAUAUUUAUUUUAAAUUACACGAAAUGACUCGGUGGUUUUGCUUUGAUCGCUCAUGUUUUCGUUGAAUUAACUCCUCUACUAAGGGCCAUAGUCAAGGUAUCUGGAGUACUCUAAAGUUUGUUUGUUGCGAACUUUUGAUUAUUCUUUUGUUCAAUAGCUUAACUGGUUCAAAUGAUUGUUCUCCAACUUCAGCAAUCACCAGCAAUUUUAAAGGAGCAUAAAAUAAAGUGUGUGAACUUUCCAGUGAAUUAUUGAAUAUGUUCACUCGUAGACUGAAAUCAUGUCUGCUCAUUUUGUAUGAGGAAAAGUAUGAAAGGACUGCAUGAAUUAACAAAUACAGGGCUACCUAGAAUUUUUAUCAUUUUAAAUCUCAGUAUACGGAUACACUGUACAUGGCUGCAUUACCAUUGCUUUCUUGUUUUGGAAUGUUUUAAAAAGUGGGUGGCAGACGUUUCGUAGAAGAUUUUUGUCAGGCUCUCUUUUCAUUUCGCCUUGCCCGCCGGAAUGUUAUUUACAAAGCCAAACGAAAAUUGAGCCUGAUCUCAGGUUAGAUCAAGGGGGAGGGGGUGGACAAAGGCACUCUGUGAUGAAAAAAGUUGCCGCCCCAGUCUGACAUUUUGUCAUGAUGAGUGGCCAAUACUUGUUUCUGAGAUGAGUUGUCCAAACCAAGGUCCAGGGUGUUGUCACAGAUAUGUGUUGACAAUGUGAUGUAAACAUUCUAAAUAAAAAGUUCAGAACAUGAAGGAUUUGUUUUCAUUCUCCAGGCCAGUUUUUGGUAGGUGAAUUAUCAAAAUUUCUGACCUAUUGCUGGUUAUUACUGCUGUUAAUUGUUAAGUGGCUUGAACUCCAUUACAUUUUAGGAGAUUGAUGUGGCUGGCAAGAAGGCUAUUGUCAUAUUUGUACCAGUACCCCAAAUCAGGCCUUUUCAGAAGAUCCAGGUAUUUAAAAGUUAAUCAUACUACAUAUUUGUAACUUGCUCUUUUACAGUUCAACUAUUGAUGGCAAAAGCUAUCUUCAUUUGAUGAUAAUUGCAAACAGGAACUAGAAAUAUAACGCAUUCAUAAUCAGUUGCAUUUUAUGCCUUAGAAACAGCUGCAUGUAUGUGUUUGGAUGUAUGUAUAUACUAAUGACGUGUCGUUUGUGGGAAAACCAGUUUUGGCAUUGCAAAAUGUCUGCUAUUUUGUCAGGCUAACGAAUAAUGAAGUCUUUCUAUUUCUGGACCUUCCAUCUUUGUUGAUAGAGGAAAGACUUCUGAUAUCAUGCAAUGUUGCAAUACUUUGCACACAACUGAUGUCAAAAUUAAUGAAUCUUAUCACAUAAUCCAUAAGAAAUCUAUUAACUGACUGUCAAAAAAAUUUUGAUCUUGACAAAAGACACGGUAACAAACUUACAGUACUACAUGUAAUGUAGAGCAUCUGAAAUCUUAAACACUUAUAGGAAUGUAAUGACUCUUGGUGUUCCAUGUUAAACCCUCUCAACAGAAAUAACAUAGUCACUUGAUACACCUUUCUUGUACCACAUACUUGGAACGGGAAAUUUGGCAUAAUUUCCAUUAUUUUUUUGCACCCUCUCAGAGGAGUUGCUCUGAACCAUCAGAUAGUUACUCUGGUUUGAUGUUCAUUUGGACAUUUUUUAUUCUUUUCCAAUUUAUAUAUUCAAAUUGUAGAGUGUUGAUUUCAAUCCUAUUUUUCUUUUUUUCUACCAGGAAGAGUAGUGACAAAAAAAAUCUUUUUAACAAUUAACUUUUUUCUUUUCCCUCAAAGACCCGUCUGGUUCGAGAGCUUGAGAAAAAGUUCAGUGGAAAACAUGUGGUCAUUGUUGCUCAGGUCAGUACAUUAGACAAGGAAGAUCAUUCCAUUUAUGACACAACAAAAACAUCUGAGUCCUGCAACCACCUUCUUAAGACUACUUUGAUAGUCAACAAAGUUUGGGGCAAAAGACGCUGCCACCCCAUUUUUAUUUAUUUAUUUGUUUCAAUUUUUGAUGAAGACCAAGCUGCAAUAAUCCAUUAUCACUGCUAGAAAUCAUUUUGAACAUCCUGAGGGAAGUAAACUUGUCAUCUUUGAUAGUGAUAUGCCAGAGAUAUAGCAAAACUAUAUUUUCCAAACCUGUCAUAAAAAUGUCUGAUAAAUUUUUCAGCCUUAAAAGGCAGGUAAGGUAAUUUCUUUAAUAGUUUUCAACCUUUCACUCUUAAGCUUAUCAUAGUUAGUGAUUUUAAGGUGUUUUUUUCCAGUGGUGUUGAUGGAUUUUCCGCUAACUGGUCCAAGUCAAAAGUUUGAAGAAAUGUGGAAGAAUCCAUUAGUGACAAACGAGGCCAUUUUUGUAGGGUCCAGUAUGUUAUGCUUCUUGUAUACUGAACUACUAAAAUACCUUUUUUUUCAGUUAAAAGGCACAAUCGGUUAUAAGACACACCCCAAACUUUUCAAGGCAAUUUUUCUAAGUUCACAAAUUGGAAAUUAAGCCAAAAUACCCAGCUACAAGGCACAGCUGGAAUUUUUGACAAUGUUCACCUUGCUUUCGAACAAUGCUGGUUACGGCCAUUCACCUAUGUGAAUAAAUGAGAAAAAUUCACACCUAUCAACACAGAAAGCAUUGUUUUCUAAAGUUGUGAAUACUAGGGAAUCCAUUUUGUUACAUAAACAAGUCAGCUGUCUUGGUUGUGGCGUAUUGACAUUGGUACAUGCAUCGGUAGUAUCAAGAUGUAAUACAUGAGCCUGAAUAUUUUUGUUAAUUAAGUGCCAAAUCUGGUAAAAUUAAGCCCUUGUUUAUCAAAAUAACUGUGAUAAAAGAUCUCUCACAGUUCUAUUAACAGAUUUGGGAGCUUUCUUCGGAAAAUAAAGGUUUGGAACAAGCACAAGAUCGCAGUGUGUAGAAAUGACUGUAAACAAACCGCCAUCUUGGGUCAAGCACAUGCUCAAAAAGUUGCCUGGCUACCAACCAUCAAAUCAGUUCAAAACGAUCGAUGCCAGAUGAUUUGAUUUCAAUGCAAAAUGAUUUGUUCAUCGUUUAAUACCAGCUUUAGAAGAUUUACAACUGUAGAAGUCAGUGAAAAGCGAUAGCAAAGAAGAGGAUCAGCAGCUAGAGCUUUUAGAGUCAAAAAUUUGACUCAAUAUCAGGGUGCAAAGAAAAUCAUUUUUACAGCUUGCCAUUCGAGCAAGCUGAAGCUAGCAUUUACUAGCCCAGACGUCAUUUCAACUAGCCCCAAAAACUUUUUGACUAGCAGUAUUGAUGUCACAGUUCUUCUGCUAUAUGAAUUCCUUAAAAAAACAUUACUUGCCCAUCGGGCAAGUUAAAAACAGAAUUCACUAGCCCGAUAGCUAAGUCCACUAGCCCCGGGCUAUUGGACAGUGCUUUCUUUGCACGCUGCACUUUUGUCUUGUUGCCCGAAGAUACUUGGUUAUAAGAUGCGUCCAGAAAUUACAACAGAUUAAGAGCUAUCAAGCAAACUUUCUUUGAAAAAAUGCUGUGCCUUGUAAGUCACACAUUACAUUGAUUCUCUUUCUGUUCGUUGAAUAGCAACGUUUGGCAGUAGGGGAAACCCGGUUUUCCCCAUUAGGACACUCAGUGAUGAAAAAAUGAUGCCGCUCCAGUCUGACAUUAUUGUCAUGAUGAGUUACUAACCAUUUCUGAUGAGUUGUUCAAAGAAAAUGUUUGUAAACUUGUUUAAUACAAGUUUUGUUAGUAAUAUCAUAGCUUUCCUUUAUAGAGAAGAAUACUCCCAAGACAAACAAGGAAAUCAAGGAAUCAAAAGCAAAAAAGACCAAGAAGGUAGUAAUGUAGGAUAAUUUUGAAUGUAGAGCAUAUAUACUGUUCUUGGGACCCUGCUUUAAAUCUAACCAAAGUUUGAGCCAGAUUCUUGUUUCAUACAUAUAGGAUAUUACAUGGCCAUGUGGCGAUACAAAAUUUCUCUCUGAGUGUUGAAAAAUAUUUCACGAGUGAGCGUAGCAAAUGAGUGAAAUAUUUUCAACAGGAGAAGAGAAAUUUUGUAUCUCCAAGUGACCAUAGAUGCCUUAUUGUUUAUUUCAAAUUAAAGGUUUGAAAUUGACUACAAAAGCUUACAGUCAGUUGUACGUAUCGAUUGAAACAAGGCUGAGUUAUUUCAAGACCAGGAAAUACUUAGAUGAUUAAUUAGAUGAAAAAUCCACCUACCCCAGACAUUUGGAAGCAUAUAGUUUUUUAAUUUUUUUUUUUUUCUGUUAGGCUAUCCAAUGUCCUAGGUUUGUUUCCCAAUCCCUUGGCUUUUAGUUCCUUUUGUUUCAUGUGAGAGUAGCCAUUGUAGUUUUAAACACAGUGUCAGUAAAAAUUGUGAAGCCGUAGUUAUUUUUGUUCAGAUAUCUCUGGAUGCUUGAAAGAAGACCGCUCAAUUUUGUUUAGUUGGAGCCAUCUUUUUUUCUACGCCAAAGAUGAAUUCCGAAAAGUGGUCUUUCAGAACUUGUGGUGAAAGCUCAUGAUGAGAUGUUGAAUCAAGCAAGCCAGGGUUUGAUGUCUGGAUGAAAUUCUUGAAUAACUCGACAUCAUACGCAGUUUUCCUCUUUGUAUUUGUAUUUUCUUGUUCUUUUACGAAUUUGAUUAGUUCCUCAGCUGUGCUCUUGACAAACCUGCUUCAGCUUGUCUUCAUUUUAUAAUAAACUUAAAACUUAACUUCGACUGGCAAAUAGACCAACGCAAAAACUCCAGAAAGACCAAAUGACAGAAAACCACAAGUGCUCGACAGCGCGUUAAAAUACUCUGAGCUGAUCGGUCAAAAAUAGAAAUGACAUCACUACUGGCAGGAUAGCGCAUUUAUUGGUUUGCUACCAGUCAGUAUAUCACUAACUCGUAUAUAAUAAAAGGGUUUUUGAACAGAGGGCCUAACAAAGAAGACAAUCGUACUGAGCAUAACGUUGAAACCUGGUUCAACUGCUGCACUGCUCCAUGACUGCUCGCACAAAAGAUUAUUUUUAUGGCUUUUGUUGGACACAGUGAAACACCCUGCAAACCAAGAACUGAACAGUCUCUUUAAAACUGGCUUUGCUGGAUGCACUGAUUUACAAUCCUUUGUUGAUUUCCAGUCGUACUUUGACUUCUGUCCAUGAUGCAAUUCUUGAGGACUUGGUCUUCCCAAGUGAAAUAGUGGGCAAAAGGACAAGAGUUAAAAUGGACGGAUCAAGGUUAAUCAAAGUGUAAGUAAAACAUACAUUAAACAGAGGUGUAAAGUUUGAUGUAUUUGUGAUGAUGUCACAGUUACAGAUAGCCUGCUAGCAAUCUGUCUGGGGUGCUCUGGCGGCAAGGCAAAAAGCUUUUUUGCCCCGCUGGGAGAGUUCCCAAAGAGCUGGCUCACAGGCUACAAUACAGGAGGAAUUUUAAUCAAGGUUUGAAGCAUUUUCCUUUGGAAGCAUAAGGUUGACAUUUAGCACUGACUAGGAAAGAAUGUCUGAUACAGUGCUUGACUGCAAGCCCUAAUAAUUUUAUAUCAAGUCAAAGCUCUUUAUAGUUUUAUUUAAUUUUUAAUUAUAGUAAAUUGUAAGAGCGCCUUCUGUAUUGACUAGCAUUUAUUUCUUCUCUGCUCCAGUCACCUUGACAAGCUUCAGCAAACUAAUGUAGAUCACAAGGUAAGACCAGUGUCAUUCAUUCUGUUACUGGUUUCCAUCCUAUUUAUUUACUAUUAAUUAAAUUCUUUGAAUCUUGUAUUAUAAAAAGUUCUUGGGUGUCACUGGUUCUUGCUGUUGUUAUACGUGUAUGAUCAUUCAUUCAUUCGCAAGAAUUUCUUUUAUUUGCAUGUAGUAGUGGUCAAAUAUCUUGCUGUACAAUUUGUCUUCUGUUUGAAUAGUAGCACACUUGCAUAUUGUUUCAAAGACUUAACAAAUCAAUCACCUCCCUGUACAGCAAAUUACAAAAUACUGAUCGUCCUACCCCAAGAGCUCAGACAACAUUGCGAUUUUGUUUGUUAUAUCUAUUAUAAGUUACUGAACUGAAAUUCUUUCUUGUUGUAGUUGGACACAUUCUCCACUGUGUACAAGAAGCUCACAGGCAAGGACGUGGUGUUCGAGUUCCCAAGUUAUGACUGA